AAACAAAAGAUAAAUUUAUAGAAAUUGUGAGGAAUCUAACUCUAACCGAGGUAGUGAGGUACGUAGCUCAAAAAGGUGUUCCCCAAACCAAGGUAGCUAAAUGGCAUCAUCAUUUGUGGGCACUUUAUUACCCAACAAGUUCACACAAAACAAACACUUAUCAUCUGUUCCUGCAAGUAGAGGUGCUCCAACAAGGAGAAGAGUACACUUAGCAACAACAAGAGCAGAGAGCAUGACUACUGUCAUAGAAAAACUUGGCAUCAAGAUUGAGAGGAACCCUCCUGAGUCCAAGCUCACUCAACUGGGUGUUAGGCAAUGGCCCAAAUGGGGUUGCCCUCCAAGCAAGUUCCCAUGGACAUAUGAAGCCAAAGAGACUUGCUAUCUUCUGGAAGGAAAAGUGAAGGUCUUUCCUAGUGGGUCAAAUGAGUCAGUUGAAAUUGCUGCUGGUGACUUGGUUGUGUUUCCCAAAGGGAUGAGUUGCACUUGGGAUGUGUCUGUUGGUGUAGACAAGCACUAUAAUUUUGAAUAAUAAGAACUUCCAUGAAUUGAUGAUUUUGUUGGAUAUAAUAAGAAACUUUGGAGUGGUAUUUAGCUUUGAAGGUGUUUUUCUUUGCUUCUGUU